AUGAUGCUAAAACGUGAACCAUUAUUACAUCCAAAACAAUCAUUUAAUGAAAUAUCACCACCAUCACAAGUUAUGGUAACUAUUUCUGCUAAAAAUAUACGUGAUGAUGCUUCUGAUGCUGUUCCAGAUCCAUAUUGUAUUGUUUCAUUAUCUGAAAGUGGUUCAAGUAAAAAAGGAUAUCAAGAAAUUGGAAGAACAGAAGUUAUAUGGAAUUGUCUCAAUCCAGAAUGGUCAACUAAAAUUAAGUUAGAUUAUAAAUUUUCUGAACGCCAACGUUUAAUGUUUGAGGUUUAUGAUAAAACAAGACCAAAAAAAAGACUUGGAUGUUGUCAAUUAUUAUUACAUGAAAUUGUUGGUUCAAAAUAUAAUAGAAUAACAACAUCAUUAAUGGAGGAGGGUAAACGUUAUGGAGAAAUUACUGUCAUUGCAGAAGAACUUAGUCGUGGUCGUCAAGAAUCUGUAUAUUUUAUUGUCAGUGCAACAAAACUUGAUCGCAAAGAUUUUCUGGGAAAAUGCGACCCUUUUCUUAAAAUUUCUCGUAUUAAUUAUGAUAAUACAUUACAUUUAGCAUACCGUUCAAGAUAUCAUGAACAAAAUUUAAACCCAAAAUGGAAACCAUUUGAAAUACAUAUUAAUCAACUUUGUUAUGGUGAUAAAGAUAGAGAAUUUCUAAUUGAAUGUUAUGACUGGGAUCAGGAUGGUAAUCAUGAUUUGGUUGGUCAGUGUAAAACUACUGUAAAUCGUAUGAUAAAUGGACAUGAUAAAAUGCUUUCUUUAAUUCAUCCAAAAAAAAUAAAAAAAAAUAAAAAAUAUGUUGAUUCUGGUAUAUUACAUUUACAUAAAGUUUAUUGUUGGAUGGAUUAUUCAUUUCUUGAUUUUAUAACAGGAGGUACACAAUUAGAUUUUAAUGUUGUUAUUGAUUUUACUAAUUCUAAUCUCCCAAUGGAAGAUCAAUCAUCAUUGCAUAGAAUUGAUCCUAAUGAACCAAAUCAAUAUGAAAUUGCAAUAGCUGCUAUUGCUGAAACAUGUCAACAUUAUAAUCGCUCAAAAAUCUUUAAUGCUUACGGGUUUGGAGCAAAACUACCAAGUGAUUCAAAAGUACACUAUAAUUUUCCUUUAAACCUAGAAACAAAUAAUCCUUGUUGUUAUGGAAUUGAAGGACUUUUAGAGGCAUAUAUGAUUGCACAAAGUAAAGUUGAAUUAAGUGGUCCAACAAAUUUUGCACCAACUAUAAGAUUUGCUGCUAGACAAGCAGCAAUAAUACCAAAUGAUGGUAGUCGAUAUUGUGUUGUUUUAAUAAUUACAGAUGGUGUUAUAUCUGAUAUGGAAAAGACAAAAGAAGAAAUAAUAAAAGCAUCUUCAUUACCAUUAUCUAUUAUAAUUGUUGGUGUAGGAUAUGAUUCAUUUGAAGAAAUGAAAGUUCUUGAUUCUGAUAAGGUUAUGCUUAAUAUAAAUGGAAAAUAUGCAAAAAGAGAUAUUGUUCAAUUUGUACAAUUAAGAAAUUUUUUACCACCACAUAGAAUUUUAACUGAAGAAGAAAGAUCACAUGCUAAAGAAGCUUUAGCUCGUGAAGUAUUAGAAGAAGUACCAGAACAAUUAACAAGUUAUAUGAAAACAAAAGGAAUUUUUCCUAGAGAACCAGGAAAUCCAUUUAUUGAGGAAAAUUCUCCCUCAUUAAGUAAUUUUAAUAUUGAAUUUGAUAGCGUAGAAAAUGAUAAUUCAUGUAAUAGUACACCAACAUUUAGUCCACAAACUAGUACAACACCAUCUUCAUCAUUUAAAGGCGAUAAUUAUUAUAGACAUCGUCGACUUUUACCCCAAACACCUGAUGAAGAAUUUGACAAUUUAAUAAUAAACUAA